AGAGAGGCUGGCGGUGAAUUGAAGAGCUGAGGGGGGACCGUGAGGAGGACUGGCGGAGCCUCUGCAGCAAAAACACCAGCGCUGCUCAGAAAACCUACAACACCCAAACGCACCGGGCCGGGCGGGUUUAUCUCCUCCAGGUGUAUGAGGAGAAAAAAAAAACACGGAGGCAGAAAAAAAAUCUUGUAACGUCGACCAUUCAUCCACCGUUUCUCCGUGUAUCACUGCUGCUGCUGCUGCUGCCACACACACACACAAACACACACACGCACACACGGUGUCCCGGUUCACGUCACGGAGAAAGCGCCGGGGAGCUGCAGAGGCACAAGCCGGAGAGGAGCAGCUCUAUUUGGGGUUCUUAUUUUCGUUCUUUAUUUUUUCCGCCCACAGACUGGAGCUCAGUCCCGGAGCUGUCGCUUGGUGUUCACGCGGCGGCUGCAGAGCGCGAGGACAGGCGGGAAGAGGACGUGCUGAAGCGCGGAGGAGCGGCCGAGGGCUGCGGACACACGGAGGAGGUUUCUGUCAGAUUCUUUUCGGCUAAACGGGGGUUUAUAUCACGGUGCGGCGAUAUCCAGACUAGAGAAGGAGUCGGGCUCCGCCGCCCACCACCAGCAGCACCUCCCUCCACCUCCUUCAAUGGGUUAAAAAUCGAUUAGUUGUUCCAGAGCCGCCGCGCAGAGCCUCGGAGGGUCCGCUCACACCUGCUAACACCUGCACAGCCCGACCUGCGGGGGCUUAGGAUGUAGCCCCCACCUCUGCUCCGUUUCUCUGCAUCACCAUCCUUUCAAAACCUCCACCUCCACCCACCAGUGUAUCUCUGCCCCCCCUCCCCUCCUCCUCCUCCACCCCACCCAGCGUCCCACCAUGCCGGCGGGGAUGAAACCGCUCGAGAAGUUCCUGAAGAAGCAGACCACGGCUCUGACCCGGGCCGGGGGCUUUGUCGGCGGGGUGGCGGACAAGGCCAGCGGGGGGACGGGGGCGUCCCGAAGGAGGGCCAGCCUGUCCCGGGUCGUUCCCUUCUUCAGGGAGACGUCACCGGAGAGCGGCCAGGCUCGGGAGGUGUUCAGCCCCGACAGUGAGGACCCCCCUUCCUGGCCCUCAGCCACGGGGCCCGGUUUGGUCACAGUGCCCAGCAGCGCCAAUAGCUCCGGCUCUGGUUCUGGAGGAGGAGACGUCCGCAGUCCGUCUCUGUCCAGUGACGAGCAGAGCUCUGAGGCCAGCCUGAUCACAGAGAGCAGCGGGGGAGUCGGAGGAGUUGGAGGAGGAGGAGGAGGAGGGACGCCUCUACCUCCAGACACACCGGACAACCUGACCCUUGCUCUGCUGGACAGCGUGGCGGGAAGACGCACUGGACUCUGCAGAGAAACCCUGCUGGAUGACUUCAUGUUGACCCAUCCCAUCUUCCUGACGGCCGACAGGUUCCAGCAAGUCCUGCUGCAGCAAUUUAGUCUGGAGAUGGAGGGGAAGGAGGGAGAGGGGAGAGGGAGGGAGGCAGAGGGUGAGAGAAAAGAUGGAGGAGGCAGAGGAGAGACGGAGGGAGAGAGCGAAGUAGUGAUGGAUGCAGCUGAGAGAAAGCAGGCGGUGCUGAAUGUGGCGUUUCGAUACCUGGACACCUACAGAGAGCUGCUGCAGGAGGAGGGAGAGCGCAGCAACAACUUCCCAAAGGAGCUGUACCUGUGUGCAGUGCAGGAGUUGAGUCGGCACCCUGAGCUAGUGGAGGACGUCCUCAAGCUGCAGAGAUGGACUGAGAUCUUAAACUGCCCCUCUGAAGAGGAGAAGGAAAGCAGAAAGAAGCAGGUCCGUCCUCUGUUCAGACACUUCAGACGCAUCGACGCAUGUCUGCAGCCAAGAGAGGCCUUCAGAGGCUCCGACGAGAUUUUCUGCAGGGUCUACACUCCGGAUCAUUCCUACGUCACCAUCAGGAGUCGUCUGUCCUGUCGGGUCGGAGAGAUUCUGGCUCUGGUCCGAGAGAAACUCCAGUAUAGUGAAGACCAACCAGUUCUGCCUGGAAACCUCAUACUGGUGGCCGUCACAUCGGCCGGAGAAAAGGCAGUGUUUCGUCCCAGCGAUGAGGCCGUCUUCACCACACUGGGAGUCAACACUCAUCUGUUUGCUUGUGAACCCACUGAGCUCGACUCUCUGCUUCCCCUUCCUGAAGAGAUCCACUGGACACCCGGUGACAGCAAACUCCAUGACAUGUCCGCUGAGGAGGUAGCUAAUCAGCUGGUGGUGUUUGACUGGGAGCUCUUCAGCUGUGUGCACGAGGUGGAGUUUGUGUGUUAUGUGUUUCACGGGGAGCAGUCCCGCUGGCGCCCCCUAAACUUGGAACUGGUACUGCAGCGCUGCAGCGAGGUGCAGCACUGGGUCGCCACGGAGAUCCUGCAGUGCCAGUCGCUGCCAAAGAGGGUCCAGCUGCUCCGCAAGUUCAUCAAGAUUGCAGCACUCUGUAAGCAGCAGCAAGACCUGUUGUCGUUCCUCGCUGUGGUUCUGGGUUUAGACAACCCGGCUGUGAGCAGACUACGACUCACCUGGGAGGGUCUCCCAGGAAAGUUCAGGAAGCAGUUUCAGCAGUUUGAGAGCAUUGCAGACCCCUCAAGGAACCAUAAGUCCUAUAGAGACCUGAUAACCAGCCUGAGACCUCCACUGAUUCCCUUCACACCUCUGCUGCUCAAAGACUUGACAUUUCUUCAUGAGAGCUGUAAGACAUUUCAUGGUGAACUCGUCAACUUCGAGAAGAUGCAUAAAGUGGCAGAGAUGGUGAGGAUCAUCAGACGAUACAGGAGCAGCCAGCUAGCCAUGGAUACAGAGACGUCCCCCUCCCACCUGCAGACAAAGGCCUACGUCCGGCAGCUCCAGGUAAUCGACAACCAGAACCUGUUGUUCGACAUGUCCUGCAAACUGGAGCCCAAAGACACGUAAAGGGAUGGACAGGGGGGUAAAAAAAUAGAUAUGAAAAAGAGACUGAAAAUGAAAAGGUUGAGAUAGGAUGGAGAGAAAAGGAAAAGGAGGAGAAGGAAGACAGGAACAAUAAAGCAAAGGAGCAAACGGAUGGUGGAAAGUUCAGGCAGAAAGAGAUGAAAAUAAGUGCAGGAAGGGGUGUUACCCUGGAACUGAAAACCCUAAAACCUCCUCUUCAUCUUCAUGUACCUGGAACAAAAAAUAAGACGUUUUUGAUAAGCAAAAAAGAAUGAGCUUCUCUCCUGGAUUUGAGCUACAUCCACCACUUUAAUUUUCUUCUACACCUCCAUUGUCUCUUCCCUCCUCUCCAUCACCACUGCUAGCAGCCCUGACAACCACUAACACAGAGAGACACAUGAAGGGACUUCAAACUGGACCAAAACCUCAAAACACAGAGUUGUUUUUUCCAGUUUUUCCCUUAAACCUGUUGUCCAUCAGUCUGAUCAAAGCGCCCAUUAAAAAAUGUUCUAAUCUGCAGCAGGUUUGGGAUGCAGAGCUACUUUGACCCAAAAACAGUAAAGAAGAGAAAGAAGAAAUCUCGGACUCUUCCUGUUUUCUCACUUUCUGCACUUUCCUGCCCUUGUUUCUCUCCUCUUGUGGCAGCUGACCAAUCGAACUAGAGACAAUCUGACAAUGUGACUGACACCUGCUGAACUCUCCAACAAACAGCCUGUCGUUUAACGAUCAUUUCAUGGAAAACAAGAACCAUGCCAUAUUGGCUUGAGUAUAGGACAAAACAAGAUAAAACGUGGGAUCACAUUCUGCUUUAAUGGUCUGCUUUCCGUUUCUCUUUUACGAAAGAAAAAGCUUCAAGGAUGAGGGGUCUCUUCUCAUUUGACCCGCAGUAUAUUUGAGAGAGGACGUUUUUUUCUAUCCCCGAAAAAGUCGUCUCUCCAAAAAGAGCUUCGGAAAACGCCCGGGUUAUAUGAAUCAGUACCACCUUUUUUGAGUCAAUACGGUACUUCGGCAAAGACACUCAUAAACAUCUACAGAUCUACACAGAGAAGGAUGCAGUGGGUAACUUUUGAUGAAAACAAGACACUGCACAUCAAACAACUGGUUCAUCCAACGACCUGUUGGGAGGCAAUACAGACCUGGACUGGACUUGUUUAAAGAUGCACUCAAAAUGUGUUCAAGAACAAACAAAAACCAACUCCUCUGAACCACAACAAGGAGACAGAGAAAAAGUUCAAGCUUUAAAAAACAGCAUAGGAUGAAAAAAACGCCAGCAGACGGGGUCUUUUUCAACCGACAAAUAAGGCAAAUGUGGAUCCAUGUCAUGCAGCAUUGGUUUUGUUCCUCAGGAUUUUUUCCUCUGAGGACAUAAGGCCAGAGGACACUAAGCUCUGCAGGAACAUACAGAAACUAAAGAAAUUGAGUCACUCUGAACCUUUGCAGAGACCAGUUUGAUCCCUGAUCAAAUGAAGAUGCUACAACUUUUCAAAUGUUACAAUCUGAGUUUACACGAAAGACUUCUGCACUUAGAAAUCUUUUAUCUUUAUUUCAAGACUGAAUAUAUUUUUCCAUUAAAACUCUCUGCAUCGAAUAAAGGACACUACGGACCACAUUGUUGAUCUGUAACUGAGCUCAAGUACAGUGGAUUGUGUCCAUGGUUUACAUCAGUGGUAAGGGCUGUUGGGCUGACCUCUGAUUUGUGGUUCCUAUGAGCUGUCAUUUUCCAAACAGAGCAUUCAGGGACUGCUUUUGUGUUUCUGACCGCAGAUUCCUCUGUUAUUUCACCCAAACAGUGACGAUGUGUUCACUGACAUCUGUGACGGACUUCCAAACACUUUGGCAUAUGGGUCACGCUGCAUUCAUGGACUUAGAUCACAUGAUAUGACUUUAAUGGCGGACGGUCAGGAUGUUUCCUUACUGGUUCCUAACGUGAUCUCAGUGUCGGUCUGAAGACGUUUGUCAACUCUUCAUUCUUUCUACUUUUUUUUUUAGGAAUUUGACGGUGAACGUCAUCAUUAAAUGCCUCUCACAGUGUUUUAUGAUCCAACAGGACAGUUGGAGAAUUCACAUCACACUCACUUCAAAGGACCAUACCCGUUUUUUUGUAUGUUUUAACCGAUGUGCUUCAAAAUCACAUGCGUGCCCCAACUACCAAACCAAAACUUUUCCAAUAUGGUUCAGACAGCCAUAGAUUUCAUUACAUUUCAUCCAUUGCUACAAAAAUCAAUGUGCCAGCAGGACUGAUAUUAUGCUAUCAGCAGUGGUAUAAUGGCGAGAAUACACAGGUAUACGGGUUAUCCCCACCCUUUUUUUUCGGCCGUUUACAAUAUACCCAUCCAUCAGUCAAAUAGCCAUAGCAGUAUAUAGGAGAGUAUAUCGACUUCCUCUUUGAUAAACUACUCAUCUACCUAGUACACCUCAUUAACUACCACUGGCCAUGAGAACUAUAUCGUUAUCACCAUAUACAGUAACUCAGUCAAUAAGUAACGUAAAAAUUGGCAACAGGAAUCGCAUGUACCUUCUCAUGUGCUCAGACCAGGGAUGUAUACAGAGAACUGGAUACAGCAUUGAAUGCAGGGCCUAGUUCAUUCCUAUGAAAGUUGCUCAGUGGAGCAUGAAACCAAAAUGGUUCAACUUUAGCAUAAAAAAAUACCCAGAUUAUCGGCACUACUGCUGCACCAAGCAACCCACAGACUAGUGGCUGCUGAGUGCAGCGAGUGGCUAUCUUAAACUAAGUUAGGCACUCUGCUUACUUGAAUGGGGAUAAAAGAUUUAAUCAUGAUAGUAAAACAAGUUUUUUUUUUUUACGUGUCUUGAGGCUCAAAAAAUUGUAUCCACUCUUUUUAAGUAGAUGAAAAAAAGGCUUUUUUGGCUGCAGGGCAUCAGGUAACGUUGUAAUUACACUUUUUGGCCACUACGAAAAUUGUCUUCAAAGCCUGGCGCACUUCCUGUGGGCCUGACUCACUUUCUGUGGGCCUGGCUCAGAUAAAAGCACUAAUCCACUUGCCAUCCAGGCUAAAUCAUGCAAAAAACACAGGUAUGGUCAGAAAAUGAUCAUGUGCUGAUUUAAAUAAUAAAAACACAGCAACCAAUGGGCUGUGUCUGUGCAGCAACACCACACCAGAGAGACGAAUACAAACUUUGUAUUUUUGAAAGAGUCAACAACAAAUCAUUUUUUCUCAGCAUUUGGGAUCUACCUGCUGUCACAUCUGAAUGACCAAUUGGCUUCAAGGAAGGACCUGAACAACCCCCACAGAGCUGCCCCGCCAUUGGUCUGUUCAGUGGAUUUGGGGGGGGGGGGUCGACAUCCAAGGCAAUAACAGAGCGACAGGAGGUGAAGAUGGACGGUCAAUUUAUCGCAGCAACGAAGCACUUUUGCCAAACCUCAGGGCUCAGAGACACAGAGAGGUUUUGUUUACUCUUUAUUCUAGAUUUUCAGUAGAGUUCAGUUCAGUUGAGUCCAGUUGUGUUGCGAUCAAUUGGUUCUGUGUUUGUACAGCUGAUCACACUUCUGUCAUAUUUACUAUAAUAACAGAAAUCUACAGAGUUGUUGUUUUUGAUCACCACCAGGUCUGAGUCCAGCCUGAACACUGAAACUUUAUUUUGGUUUUGAUUGAUUGAAUUUCUUGAGUUUUGUUUUGCUAUGCACUAAAGAGUUUCACUCCAAGAUGUCAUAGAUAUUGUACAUUUUUAUAUUUAAAAACAAAAGAUUGUAUAAUUUCUAACCUGUUGCUAAUCCUGCAGUUGAUUCACAGUAAAAGCCUUCCAGCUGCUCAGGAACAAACCCUUACAUUUAGAGAAUUGACAUAAAAUUAAGAGACAAAAGCUUUUAUGGCAGAGAAGGCAAAGCAGUUCUUCAUAGGAUACUGUAAUUUUGAAGGAAAAAUCAUGUUGAGAUGAAGUUAAAAUUUGAUGACAGAAAGUCAUUUUGAGUUUAAUGUUGAAAUAUAAUGACAUGUUUAUUAUAAUACUUGCUGGAAGUCUUUUACUUGUGUCUUUUACAUUGAUGCAUUAUUCAAAAGAGUACAUGAGCCCCCCUCAGUUAUAUCCUACUUGUUAAGGAAAGUCAUUUUCAGUAAAACAUCCAGUUGAUCUCUUUCUGGUUGGGAUGAAACUCUUCAGUGCGUCUGGACGGUUCACAUGUUUGUAUCAAUGAUCUGAAAAGAUAUAAGUGGUUUGAAACUGUUCUCUGUGCUCAGCUCUGGUGGCCGGUGAGACUUUGUCAUUCUCCAUCUGUACCAUAACAUCCUGUUUACAAAAGCUUAGUGAGGCCGUCCCGUCCAGAGACAAGUCCACCUCCUGUCCAUGUUAGAUCACCACUAGGUAAAAUCUCCAGUCCAGUUUUUAGACCAAACAACUUAAAUGUAGUCUCUUUUAUUUUGUAUAUUUUUCUUUGCAACCUGCAGCAGGGUAAGAUGUCAACCAAGGGUUUUAUCUGGUGUUCAUUUGUGCUUUUUAGGUAUUCAAGUAAUUUAAUAAUUUUACCAUAACAGAUUUAA